AUGUCUCGCAACGACGAUGGUCCAAAGCUCGGCGCCGACGCUGCCGACGUGUCGCUAUCAUCUCAAUCAGGUUAUGAAUGGAUCGUGGGCGGCCAUCAGGUUGGCGCUCGUUGGGAUGAGAAAGAGCUUGGAAUAGCGCGCUAUCUUGGAGGGCCUUCACCUGUCCACGGCAACGAUAGCUCGCUACGUCUCUGGCUCGCCAUCAAUUACGACAAGAACGAGACUGUUGUUGUCUUGACAAUGUCUGUCAAGUCGCGCUCCAAAUCGAAGGCACGUCCACGCAGCUUCUUCCUAGUCGUACCUGCAGAAGACUUGCGCGUAUCUAGUGCAAUGCAUGACUUCCAACCAAUCUCUCCUGAUCUUGUUCCCGAAUCUCUGUUCGAGCGCCCUGUCGACACUGUCUCGGCGAACGCGUCUCGUAUCUUGCACGUAUCAUUUGCUCUCGGCCAUAAACGUACAUGCGGAGUUGUCAUGAACACCCGACCUUACUCGGGCAAGAUGCGCGGUACUCCUCUUGCACUGCUCGAUGGCCUCAAAUCUUUGUCAGAAGCAAGGCACUUUGAUCUGUAUUUGAAGUUUAGCUCCUACGCUCAAGUAGGGCUCCAGCGUCUGUCUCAAGUUAUGAAGCAUAACAUAGCUUUCUUCACUCCACACUUCGACUUGGAGAACAUGUAUGGAAGUGGAUGGGAUGGUGCCUUUAAUGUGUGGGAGGCUCAAGGGUGGCACACUGCUGAAGAUCCACCAUCGCGGAAACGAAAAGCAUGCUCCCCUAUGCCAGAAGAGCAAAUCAAAGCCCCGCCAGCAUACACUCAUCGUCGACCGGCGCCUCCUGCAUAUGCAGACUCUCAGAUACCGCACACUCCCAACGCAAAACAAACACGGCCAGAUCCAGAUGUCCGUGAAUCUCCUUGCCAUGUUACCACUCCCGGCAGUAUUGUCUGCGAUAGCAUCGCUUCCGGGAUCUCAAAUACUCCUUACUCGCCCUACCCUGUCAUUCUCGACACUGUGUCAGAGGAGAAAUUCUCCGCCAUGCACCUCACACUGCCGACUCUAUAUCCCACAAUCGAUCCCGCAUCCCUGACACAACUCUACGAUCGCGAGAUGGGCAUGUGGCUACUCACAGCCUGGAACCUUGUCCCCAAUAUCCACUUCACACUUGUCCGAGAAUUACUAGCCGUCGCCGCUGCUGUCAACAAGCAAGAUAUAUCAGGCUAUCGCGCCGCUCGUAUCGCAUGUGCAAAGAAACUAGCCAGUUGCGUGGCCGAUCAAAUCCAAAGGACCGAGUCGAGCGACAUAGACGACGAAACACGAAUCAAGAAGUCGCGAAUUGAGAUCUUGGCUUCUGAGCCUGAUGGCUGUAUUUCUUGGUUGUUUAUGCUGCGAUCUGAGGGCGACAUCGGGUUUAUGGACUUGCUUGGGAAGCUGGAAGGUAGGAAGAGAAUUGCCUUUUCCGCUUUUGAUGAUGAGGAUGCAUUUAGGAAUGCAAUGGUUAUUAGAGCCGCGAUUGUUCUGCAGGCAUUGUGUAUGGAAGGUUCACGGCUCUGUAGAAAUUAG